UCUCUUUUUCUUAAAUCUGCAUUAAAUCUCUUUGAAUUACGGUUUAUCAAUGGGCCAAGCUUAUGUUCGUGCGCAAGACACAAUAACAAUCGUAUUGUCUGAUAUUGAAUUCCACCACUCUGUUUUAGGUCUGAACAGAUAAUACAUUUGUAGAUACGCAGCUAAAACGAUAGGACAUUUUUGUUCCAGUGAUCAAAAUAGAUUUAUUAAAACAAUAUAUCAUAAAUUUGUGCUGAAGGAAUAAAGUAUGGCUGCUGAGAAGGGAGCUGGAGUGAAAAACGCGGCUUCAAAGUGCAAUUUUGUAGCACAGGACCAAAUAUGGAAGGACCACGUUAAGCUUGAGGAGACUGCUGCACGCUACUGGCCUGACAACUGGAACUUUCUUACCACGAAAUACGAAGACCUGGUGAAAGACGAUUUACCUAAGAAGGAGAAGAGACACAAGGACGUGGAACCGAUAGAGCCCCACCCCGUAACGCCCAUAGAAAAAUAUAUCAAAGUCGACCCCUCUCCCAAGCCAUACCCUAGAACUACCGCACAAAAUAUCGGAUGGCGCUCGACGCAAAAGGAUUUAGCUCUGGAUAAGUACGGGAAAUACGCCAAGCCGAAAGGAGGGCUUAUACGCCAAUUGAACUGGCCAUCGGAAGCAAUCUCAUAAUGUCAAAAGCUUAAGCUGUAACUUUUGAGUUAACUUGUUUUAAUUUACGUUUGUCUGUGAUUUGUUACUUUUUAAAUGUACAAAUUAUUUGCGCAAUACAUGUGUGUCUGAAGAUAAAAAUUUGGAUGGAUUUUACAAAAAAGAAAGAGUUUUACAUCGUGUUUAAAUUGUUCGAUAUUGUUUCCGUUUAAAGAAGUUUUUGUUAUGAAAAACAUUUCAGUAUUAUGACUAUAUUGUGUAAGUCGAUAUUUGAUAUGUGCUUUGAUAAAGUCUGAUUGUUGAUAUUUACGAAUUAUUUCUGUGAUAAAGUUCUGCCAUAAAAAAUAGUUAUAUAAUUAUUAUUACUAUUUCAAUAUGCAGUGAGAUUCAUUUAGUGGGAUAACCUUUUUCAUCAUUUUUAGUAGCCUUUCUUACUUAAGUCUUGAAUUGUCCACCCUUCUUUCGAAAUUUAGCUAUUUCAAAAACUCGCUGUUCAGAUAGUGCAGACAGAGAACAUAUUUUGAAUAUUAUGUUAGAAACUUAUUUCAAUUAUUUAAUUGUAGGCGUAACCAUCGCUAUGUUGGACUAAGUUUAUCUUUGAUACAACUGUAUUACCGUAUUAUAAUAAAUUAUUACUAUUUAUGA